AUCCUCACAAUUUGCUCUGAAAUCCAACUUGGUGCAAGUUGCUACAGUACGUAUACGUACGUCGCUUCAUUCGAAGACAAUGACACGAUCCUCAACAAGGCAACUAUUUGCAGUGAUAGUACUGUUAUCAUAUUUCAUUGAUGAAGUCAGACCUGGCGCUGCCAUUGAGGCAAUCUCGCAGCCUUUCUUGGGUCUGAACUGGGAUGUCCUGAUCACAAAUUGGCAGCCUCCGCAAUGGAUCUGCAAUGUCGCCUACUACACACUGCCGGAACUCUGUAGUUCUGCGAAUGCGACUAGUAAUUUUUUUGGUUCACCUCGAGACAAGGCCAAGCAAUGGGUUGCAGAAAACUGUGCCGCCAGUGGCUUUGUGAGUCCAGAUCAACUAGCACAAUUGGAGAUUCUCGCCGAGUUUUACUAUUCGACGGGAAACAAUGACAGAUGGGGACCACUCAAGAACUUGCAAUGGAUGACAGACUGUGAUCCAUGUGGAAAUAAUUGGGAGAGAGUCUUGUGUCAUGGCACACGCAAGAAUAUCACACAGAUUUUUCUUCCUGACAUUUGGCCACCUCUACAGGGUCCUCUACCGGUCAGCUUUGCAAAUCUAACCGAACUUGAAUUCUUGUUCUUGCACAACAAUGCGUUUGAAGGAGAAGUGCCAGACGAGUGGGGGCGAUUGUUUAACUUGAAUGUUGCUUACCUGCACGGGAACCGUUUGAAUGGCACAGUGCCCGAGUCUGUUUGUGCUCUGCGCGACGGAAACUUGCAAGAACUCAGUGCGGAUUGCGAGGGUGGUUCAUCGGGGGUUAGCUGCGACUCGGAUUGCUGUACCGCAUGCCUGGAUGAACACAUUGCUCCAUUCUUUUUGAUUGGAGGUGAUGCCGGGCCUGUCGGUUUGGGUUCUCCCUGAAGUUUCUUACUUCGUUGAAAAUCGUGCGGGGUACCGGCAUGCACGAAGACGCAACAAUACACACUCUCUCCACGAUAAACAGAACACCAUUCAAGCACAACGUGAAUACUAUUUUGAUGCAUUGAUGGCUUCACAGAACGCUAUAAUCAGGUGUGAGAUCAAGUUUUCGCACAACUA